CCUAUUUUCUUCCCGUUCAUAGAGCCCUUGUGGCACACAGUGCUGUGUUCAGCAAGGCUUGGCAGCUCCCUGUGCUUACAUCCCAUCAGCAUGAAAUUUUCCCUUGGCCUCAGCAUCUUCCUGGUGUUCCUGGAUCCAGGGACCUCCCUUCAGUGUGAGAUUUGUCACAGCAUAGGGAAAAGCUGCUCUGGCCCCAUGAAAACCUGUACUGGUGGUGAAGAUACCUGCGGCAUCAUUCUGCACGAGGCCAUGAUAGGGGGGAUGGCAAUCCCUUCGUCCGUCAAGUCCUGCCUGCCAUCCAGCAUUUGCCAGCUUGGCCCUAUCACCAUGAAUUAUGGGAAGGUAAAAGCAAGGAGCCACUUGGCUUGCUGCACGGGCGAUGACUGUCGAACAGUCUCUGUCUCGCUGCCACCAGAGGACUCUGUGCCCAAUGGGUACCAGUGUCCCGCCUGCUACAGCAUGGACUCCUUCCAGUGUGGUAAUGAAAUUGUAAACUGCACUGGAUCCGAAACUCAGUGUGUUGACCUGGCUGGGUUAAUGAAUUCUGGUGGACUGUCUUUGAAAGCUGCCAUGAAGGGUUGCACCACCAUUUCUGAAUGCAGUAUUGUAGGAGACGGAAAAAACAAUCUGGGGAUGAUGGACAUAAAGUUAAGGCGGUUCCAAUGUACACCAGCAUCCACUUUUGCCAGACUGAAUUCUGGGUUUGCCCCUCCAAACACUGUCUUCCUCCCAGUCCUGUCAGGAUUCAUCUUGGAGAAGAUAUUUUUCUGAUACUCUCUGGUACUGUGUUCAGCAAAGCCCAUGACAAACUCCAGCAGUGGUUUGCACUGAGUCCUGUUUGCUGUGGCUUCUCCUGUGUGGGAAGUUUGUAAACUUCUUUUACAGUUUCACAGAAUAAAGACAGUACUUGCA